CUCACUUCUCUGGACUUGGCCCUGGGCUAGACUUGGUCUUCUGGGGGUGGGAAGGGCCAUGGGGGACCUACUUAUGCUCAGAGUGGCUGUGGGCAUAUGCUAUGUAACCUUCAGUGCCUCCGCUUGGUCAGUGAACAAUUUCCUGAUAACAGGGCCCAAGGCCUAUCUGACCUAUACCACCAGUGUGGCCCUGGGCGCCCAGAGUGGCAUCGAGGAGUGCAAAUUCCAAUUUGCUUGGGAACGCUGGAACUGCCCUGAAAAUGCUCUCCAGCUCUCCACUCACAACAGGCUAAGAAGUGCUACCAGGGAGACUUCUUUCAUUCACGCUAUCAGCUCUGCUGGAGUCAUGUACACCAUCACAAAGAACUGUAGCAUGGGUGACUUUGAAAACUGUGGCUGUGAUGAGUCAAAAAACGGUAAAACAGGAGGCCAUGGCUGGAUCUGGGGAGGUUGUAGUGACAAUGUUGAAUUUGGGGAAAGAAUCUCCAAACUCUUUGUGGACAGCCUGGAGAAGGGGAAGGAUGCCAGAGCCCUGAUGAAUCUUCAUAACAACAGAGCAGGCAGGCUGGCAGUGAGAGCCACCAUGAAGAGAACUUGCAAAUGUCACGGCAUCUCGGGCAGCUGUAGCAUCCAGACAUGCUGGCUACAGCUAGCUAACUUCAGGGAGCUGGGCAACUACCUAAAGGCCAAGUACGAACGGGCACUGAAAAUUGAGAUGGAUAAACGGCAGCUAAGGGCUGGGAACAGUGCUGAGGGCCACUGGGUACCCACCGAGGCCUUCCUUCCUAGAGCAGAAGCUGAGCUGAUCUUUUUAGAGGAAUCGCCUGAUUACUGUACCCGCAAUUCCAGCUUGGGCAUCUAUGGCACAGAAGGUCGGGAGUGUCUGCAGAACAGCUGCAACACAUCCAGAUGGGAGCAAUGCAGCUGUGGGCGCUUGUGCACAGAAUGCGGCCUGCAGGUGGAAGAGAGAAGAACUGAGGCUAUCAGCAGCUGUAACUGCAAAUUCCAGUGGUGCUGCACGGUCAAGUGUGACCAGUGUAGGCAUGUAGUGAGCAAAUACUACUGCACGCGAUCCCCAGGCAGUGCUUGGUCCCGGGGCAAGGGCAGUGCCUGACAGCACCUCACAGGAACUUACUGCUCAGUUGUAUGACAGUGGAGGGGACACAGCUUCUCUCUUGGAGAGAAGAGGUAAGGAAAACAAUUGGGAAACCACAGGGUUGAUCUGUAGUCCUCUUGAUAUCUGCUGUACAUGGGGAAGUGGAGGCCCAAGAUGAUACAGCAUGUUCUUGACAGAGCUGAAAUGGGAAUCUGUGCCUCCUAACUUGGGUAGACCCCAUUUCAUCUUUUCUGCAAGUUACUUCCUGGUCUUUCUGUCUAUAAUACUAUAGCUUGCUAAAGGGGAAGUUUGAUUUGGGGUCUAUAUCCAGAAAGACCUUCAAAAUACUUGCCCCUGGAGUUUCAGACCACAUCCAGCCCAGCUGUAUGGCUAAGAAUCAGAGGGGAUGGAAGCCAAAAAUGGAAGUGUUCUGUCCAGACUCCUGAAG